GUUGAAAAGCAAUCCAGUCAAGCCUUCAAGCAGCCUCAUCACAAUCCACAUAGGCAUCUAUCCUUCUUGAGCACAUCUUUAGGUUUCUCCUCCCGACACCUCACUUGGCUGUUUUUCAAAAUGGUUCGCAAGAACAUCAUCCUCUCCUCCCUCCUCCUGGGCCUCGUCUCAGCCUCGCCGCUCCACCAGAAGCGCCAGGAAUUGCCCUUCGAGAGCUAUGACGAGUCCGUGGCCGCCGGGGCCGACUCCACCGACGCUCCCCCCGUUGGCGACGCCGUUCCCCAGACCGUCUCGACCUUCGACCCCGAUGCCGUGGCCGAGACCGUCGUGGCCACGGUCGUCGACACUCCCCCCGCUGAGGCUCAAGCUUCCACCGACGCUCCUCCCGAGGUCAUCACCGUCACAAACCUCUUGAAGCGCACCGACGCCCCGGCCACCUCGUGCAUUGUCCGCACCUCCAACGGCCCGCAUGUGUCUUCCCCCGACACCCCCGAGGCCUUCACGAGCUAUGCGGACUUCGCCACCGCUGCCACCGACGCUACCAAGGCGGCUAACGUCCCUUCCGGCUACGCGGUCGUGCCUAACUUCGUCAACCUCAAAGCCGUGGCCAAGGACAAGUCGUACAUCACCUACACCAGCUCCAAGCUGAGCUUCUACGACCCCAAGAAGUGCGCCGCCAUCUGCGACACCAUGGCCGGCUGCACCUCGUUCAACAUCUACUACGAGCGCGUGCCGCUCGAGAUCAGCAAGGCGACACAGGUGCCCGACGCCGCGCUCGGCUGCCCUGGCAAUGCCGACGCCACCUCGGCCACUCUGAUCAAGUGCGCCUUCUACGGCAUGCCGCUCGUCGCCAGCACGGCCACGGAGGUCUACCAGUUCCAGGGCAAGGCCUUCAAGGUUGUCCACGCCGGCUCCACGGCCUUCACCAAGUCCGCCGGCCCCUCGGUCGACGGUUUCCAGGGCCCCAUCACCUUCGGCAACAAUGGCGACGCCUCCAUCAACGCACCCGCGCCCGUCAUCGACCACGGCUACCUCCGCUCGCAGACCUUUGGCACCAACGUCCCCUUUUCCCCGGAACUCUGCGCCGCCAGCUGCAACGCCCAGACCGAGUACAACAAACUGCACAACAUCAACAAGGGCCAGGCCUGCGUCUUCUUCAACGCCUACAUCUUUUACAAGAACGGCAAGGACGGCGUCUUCACUUGCGCGUACUAUGGUAUCCCCUAUGGUGCCAGCUUCGCCAAGAACAAGGGCCAAAGGGACAACUCUGGCAACGUGUGGACUGUCGGCAGCAGCUAUGGCUACUACGCUCCUGGCUUCUAUACUGCCAAGUAAGUGGGACGCGCGGUCAUCAAGACCACGACCACGACCAC